CGCAUGCGCUUUUAAGACAGCCCUCUGUCUCCUCCUCCCCUCCGAGGCGGUGGUUGUGAGUGGCGGAGCGGGACGCGGGCAGCUUGAGGGCUCGUCCGCCUUCCUCCAAAUGGCGGCUUCAACGGAACUCAGCCGCUCCGUCGAGCGGUGGAGGAGGCGCUAUCUCGCGGGCGAGGAUGAUUCUUUAGAUGUAUUGGAAGCAAAAAGUAAAAGUAGGCGGGCCCUGAAACCUAAAGGUGAAGCAGACCCUUUGCUUGAUGACACUAUUGCAUCUUUAAUCACACCCUCAUCCCCAUCGAAACUUACCUACCAUGGAAGAAAACACAAUAAAAAACAUAUUUUGGAUUCCUCAAAGAAAUGUGAAAGACCUCUGAACAUGACAAAAAAUAUCGCUUCCUGUUGUUCUACUGUACAAGGAAGGUCAAAUGAUGAGUUUGAUUCUCUGUGUGAUACGGGCCAGCUUGACAUAGAGGCGGAGUUCAGUGAUGAUUGUCUUGGAAGUGAUGAAAUUCAGAGUGGAAGUGUAUAUUCAGAAAUGGACAUUACUCUGCCGUCCAGUUUGACGGUUGACGCAUGUUGUGAUUAUGAUAGUGGCGGUGAUGCAGUAGGAGAGAGUGCGAGCAUUUGUGAAACCCAAAGGUUAAAUGGUCAAAACCUGAUGCCAUCUCAUCUUGGUCAAAUUUAUCAUGAAUUAUCUAUCAUACAUCAAAAGCUGCAGCAAGAAAAGCUAACUCAGGAAGAAUAUGCUUUGAAACUUGAAAAACGGGAACAUUUUUUAGCUGACCGGGAAGCCCAGAUGUGUAGACAUGAAGCUGCUUUGACCAAGAUAAGAGGUGUGGAGCAGGAAAUUCAUGCAAAAUUUCAAAUUAUGAAGGAGCAACAUGAAGCUGAAAUUCAGCAGUUGUCUGAAGCAUUGAAAGAAAAAACAAAGGAAAACAAAAGGCUUAAAUCAUCUUUUGAAACUCUGAAGGAAUUGAAUGACAACUUGAAAAAACAGUUAAAUGAUGUCAGUGAACAAAACAAGAAGUUAGAGAUCCAGUCUCGAAAAGUACAAGCUCGUUUAGAGAAUUUGCAGAGGAAACAUGAAUUUUUAUCAAUACAGAGAUGUAGAGAAGUUCCCCACAUCAUCCCGGAUCAUAAACCUGUCAAAUCAGGAAAAGCAGUCGCCCAAUCAAAACCUCAAAAGAUGAUGUUUAAUUCAUACACCUAUGACCUUUUAACGGUACUAAUGGACUGGAUCUCAGAUCAGCACCUCAGCAAAUUGGUUCUAGAAGAAGAGAAGGAAGAUGUUCGCAAGUUAACAGGCACAUCUGCUUCCAACAGAACCUACACACAAGAAAAGUGUAUCAAGUUUUUGCCACUUGUUGCUGAACAACUUCAGUGGAUGCCCUUUGUCAAUCCUAACUUGCAUGUACAUGUGGUUAAAUUUAUUUACUGGGCCAUAAGACAGUUAGAUGGAAAAAUGCUGUAUACAACAAUGACAUCAACAAUGAGAAGACUGGGUGAAGAUAUAUUUAAAGGUGUUGCACCCAAGGGGACUCAACACAUUUCUUCUGAACAUGCCACUGACACCAAACCUAAACCAGUCACAUUCUUUAAAAGUUGCAGCUUACCUUUGAGAAUGAUAUCAACUUUAAUUGUAAUCAAAACCGUGACACAAGCGGAUUACCUGGCUCAAGCUUUUGAUUCACUCUGCAUUGAUCUGAAGACUGAUGAAGGGAAAGCCUUGUUUUUGGACUAUCAAGCUGUGCCUGUUAUAUUGAGUCAUAUAAGAAUAUCAAGUAAAUGCUUACUCUCUAGUGCCAUUGACAGUCUACUUCAGAUGACAACAGAAUCCAAGUUUUUGCAUCGGUUUCUGGAAGCCUGCAGUAAUGAGGCCUUUUUCCGUACUUGCUCAGUACUGCUUCGGAACCCUAAACUAGAUAUUCAGAUACUGGAAAAGCUCAGCAUUUUACUACAAAAACUCUCAAAAAUUAAGAGUAACAAGAAGCUAUUUGAACUCUUUACCCUUCACUUGAUGAUUCAAGAACUACAGAGGACAACACAUCCAGAUCAUGCAUUUUUAUGUAUUAAUCUCAACUCAAUCCUCUUCAAUUUGGGUUUGACAAAAAACAGCCUUUUUACAAAUAAUCUAAACGCAAGCCCAGAAUAAUAUGUGUUGUGUUAACGUGUGUUUCUUCUGCUUAUUCAUUCUUGAUAAAUAAAUAGGAUAGCCAGGGGGGAGGGAGGAAUAGAUUGCUACAAUUGAUAUCCUUUUUUGUACCAAUAGAUUUCUUGGAUCAGUGGAAUCUUGUCAAAGAGAGAUUGACUUUUUUAAAGGAAAUUACUCCUCCCUCCCCCACAUUUGUGUAAUUAAUGUAGUAACUGGAUAAGAAGCAUCUUGAGCCAGAUGGCGUGGCCAUGCCCACCCCCAAACUGUGACUAAAGAUGAAUCCACCUGAUCACUUAUUCAUCCAAUAAAGCAAUAGUGAUUACA